UGGGUGGGUACUGAUCGGUCCCAUUACAACUACCAAAUCCAUAACUGAUUGCAAGCGCAAAACCAUUUGGACGGCAAAACCUCUCCAGCCCACACCAAACUUAUAAUCUUUUGUCGAAUUUCUCGGGCUCUCCAUGGAUGGUGUGGAGUCGGAGGGAGGUUCUCGGACCGCUCAUCAAGUUCCAGAUGUACGAUCAGAUGAGAUGAUUGGCACAGGAAAGAGUACAAACAAAGAUGAUAAAAACAACAAGAACGACAUUACCAAUAAUAGAAGGAAGAAUAAAAGUUCUUCGUAUUUGCCCAAAUUUGGGUGUCUGAGGACGGAAACGGACAAGAAGGGGAAUUUUGAUAUGGAGGUUGAUGUGGAGGGAGAGCCACACGCGCCGUCGCACCUGGUUAUUAUGAUCAACGGCAUCAUUGGCAGUGCUCAAAACUGGAGAUUCGCUGCCAAGCAGUUCCUGAAGCAUUAUCCACGAGACCUUGUUGUUCACUGCAGCGAAAGUAAUUCUUCAAUGUUGACAUUUGAUGGUGUUGAUGUAAUGGGAAAGAGAUUAGCAGAAGAGGUUAUAACAGUUAUAAAACAUCAUCCAACUGUUCAGAAGAUUUCAUUUGUCGGUCAUUCAUUAGGAGGGCUGGUUGCAAGAUAUGCCAUCGCUAAGCUCUACGGGCUAGAUAUAUCAAGGGUUUCUCAGGGAAAUGGAGCUUCCCAAACUGAUGGACUUGGCGACAAGUGCCAUGAAGAGAAGUUUAGAUGUAAAAUUGCUGGACUGGAGCCUGUGAAUUUCAUAACUUCUGCAACCCCGCACCUUGGCUCAAGAGGGCAUAGACAGGUACCAGUAUUUUGUGGAUUCCAAUCACUGGAAAAAGUAGCAGCUCAGACAUCAUGGUUUCUUGGCAGAACUGGAAAACAUCUAUUUUUGACUGAUCAUGAUGAUGGAAGACCUCCACUUCUUGUUCAGAUGGUCAGUGAUGAUGAAGAUCUUAAAUUCAUGUCAGCUUUGCAGUCCUUCCGGCGUCGCAUUGCCUAUGCCAAUACACAUUUUGACCAUCUUGUGGGGUGGAGUUCAUCAUCCAUUCGGCACCGAAGGGAGCUCCCUAAGCGUAAACAUCUCUCAAGAGAUGACAGGUACCCACAUAUUGUGCAUGUGGAGACAUCAAAAGCUACUACCUCCGAACAAGACGUCUCUUUGGAGAACAAGGUUGAUGGAUGCGAAGAUAUUGACAUGGAAGAGGAAAUGCUGAGAGGUUUGUCAAAAUUGAGCUGGGAACGGGUGGAUGUCAACUUCAGUGGAAGUAAGCAAAGAUUUCUGGCACACAGUACCAUUCAAGUAAAAAGCUACUGGAUCAAUUCUGAUGGGGCUGAUGUAAUCCAGCACAUGAUUGACAAUUUUCUCCUAUAACAAUAGCUGCCAUGCCUAGUUAUAUUAGUAGAGCUGCCAGUACCCUGUUUUUCAGAGGGAAUCUGAAUGGACAUGCAUGGGAGGGAGACCAUAUUGAAGAGAGUCCAGGAAACCCAAGGGUAUGAUUGCGCAUAUAAAAGCGGGUGAUUCACCCGUGUUUGUUUAGGAAACUUUUUUGGGGUUUGGGGUGGGAAUUAUUUAUUGUAAGCUUACAGGUAUAUGUAAUGUAUAUAAGUAGUUUUUUUUUUUUUUUGAAAUACUACUGAGAAAUAUGUUUUUCAUUGGAAUCGAACCUUAAACACACAUAUGUUUAGCCCAACCGAUUGUCAAUGAUCAAGCCAUCUCUCGUUGGUAGUAUAUAUGUAGUUUAUUCCUCGAUUGUGGAUC